AUGGCCGACAAUGAAGCAAAGGAGAAGCACUGGAGGGUGCGCUGCAGAAUGAAACAGCUCUCUACCACCCUGGAUGAGACCACGUGCAAGAUGGUCAUCUGUCAGCACCCCAUGUGCUGGGAGUCCAUCAGAAGACUGGAAAAAGGCCUCCCUCGCUUUGCUUUCAAAUCGUUUAAAGCCAGCCAGAGACCCACUCACAUAACCAAAGGUGACCUGCCGAUGCUGAAAGUCUUGCAGUUCCCCCAUUGGGAGGACCUGGAGACUCUCUGUGAGCUGAGGGAGAUGCAGAAUGCGAAAAGGGCUGUGUUGUUCACUCCCACCUCUCGUCACCAAGACAAUAUCCGUUAUAGUAUCCCGCGCACUGACUGUCAGUUUGAUAUCGCUUCAGAUGACAGUUGGGACAUUACGCGCCAGCAUCGUGUCAUGACCUCUCCCCACUCCCACGAGGCACACAUGAGAAGCAAGAGUACGUCACCCACUGAGCUCAAGAAGAUUGAUGUUGUGGAGGUGGAGAUUGAAGAUCAAAAGCCCCAGAGCCUGGCGGAGGCCGAAACCAUCCUGGUCUGGGUGCCAAACCGUCAGUUCAGGAAAGAGUGGCAGAGCGAUUGGCCUCGAGAAAAGAAAGCCCCACCAUUGCUGUCAGUAAAGGACAUUGUCUUCCAGCUUCAGCAGCCUGAAGACCUUGGGGGGCCAGGAGGAGAGACAAAGAGCAAGUCGACAGUGAAAAGUAAAUCGUUGAAUAAAGUCCCAACCGGAGGCCGGCCAUAUACCUUACACACCUUGCAACAGCCGUGUAGCAAUCAAAUUUCCCCCCGGCAGCUCAUGUGGAGUGAGGAGAAUGCCACACCAACAGAGCUACAGCUCACAGCGAGAUCAGCGGAGACAAAAUCCCCCGUGGUUCAAGCUCCUCAGAGUUUGCCGCUGAGUGGACGCGUGUCGGGCAAAAGCCCAACAGAUUUGCUCCCACCAGAGCCUUCAACAUGCGCAGCUGCAGUUCCUGUCUCUACGCCGGAGCCGGCGGUUCCGAUCUUGCUCGCUCCCACCCACACCAGAGUCACCCUGCACAGCAUCAAGGAGAAGCAGCAGCACAUCACCUGUGCUCUAACCUACAAAGGUGCUUACAGAAUGGAUGAGAAGGUCGGGAAGCAGGACACCAUUGACCAUGAGAGGAUGAAGAAGCAGCCCUACCUCUGGAAGAAGUACAUACAGAAACAUGGUCCCAAGCCCUGCAAAGAGGCACCUGGUAACUGCAGCCCCCUCCCCUGCUCCCCCAGCCCCUCUUCUGCUCGGCACUUAUAA